CAUACAUCAUCAUUUGCAUCUGUUAGCUGAAAUGUACAAACGCGUCAUGCGUCAUUCGCUCUUGCAUACCUCGGUCUCCGCCAAACUUUUGCUUCCUUGCAUCCAUCCCCCUUGACAUCAAACAUUCAAUCAACCCAAUCGACACAUACUCGAUAUACCCUCAUCUACGUAAUAUACAGCUACAAGCUACGAAUUCAAUGACCAUGUUCCGCAACACCAUGAUCCGAUCCACAAGAACCCUUCGCUUCAGCGUCCCGUCCGCACGUCCUUUCUCCCUCUCCGCCUCAAGAAGGGUCGAGCAAUACCCGAACAACGCGAGCACCAACUCAAAGACCAAGACGGACAAGUACGAUAGCGACAGCCCUCACGCGGUACAAGAGAAGGUCAAGCAAGGAGACACACACAACGUCCAGGAGAGCAAUGCAAAGGCCGGAUUAGACAGCGCGCAAAAAGAGGGCAGCGGUGGUCAUGCGACUGAAGGAAAGGACUCGGCUGGCGGAAAGGAGAAGGCGAAGAAGGAGUUCCCUGAAGCGCCGGACCCAGCUAUUGGCAUGCAGGACGAGAGAGGUGGACGUGGUGCUUAGGUGCAUGCUGGUGCACACAAAGGAACAGUCUUGAAGGACCAGAGGAUUGAGGCAGGCAGACUACAUCCACCAGGAUCGACGGGCCCAUCCGGUCGGCCAUAUAACACAAUACAAAGGAGCUGUUGCCAAGUCCGGCCAUCUUACCAUGACCACUUGUUGGUGUGAUGGAUUGGCUAAC